AUGGAGUUUAAAAUUGAACAUGAGUGGAACAGCAGUCCUGUAUCACAUGACCCAGUGACAAUUUGUCUAAAGCCAGUACCAGAAGGGCUUCAAAUGGAUGUUACUGCUCCAUUCUUCAAUGAUCCAGCUGCUCCCCCUGGUCCACCUGGAAACCCUUUUCAUGGGCUAUGGGACUAUGAAGUGGUGGAAGCGUUUUUCUUAAACCAUGAUAAGGAGCAGUAUCUUGAAGUUGAACUUGGCCCACACAGGCACCAUUUGGUGUUACUUCUCACGCAACGCAGGCAUAUUUGGAAGGAGUGUCUACCACUGUCCUUUGAAGCAUCCAUAAAAGAGGUGACCUGGAGAGGCAGUGCUCUGCUGCCCUGGGAAUACUUCCCUCCUUCAGUAGACCGGUUCAAUGCGUAUGCUAUACAUGGUUCUGGCUCACAGAGAACCUAUGAGUCACUUUAUCCAGUACCUGAAAAGGAAAUACAAGUGGGUCAGCGACCUGAUUUUCAUCGCUUGGAGUACUUUAAGCCUUUUAACUUCCAUAUGUUGAUGGGGGAAGAAUGGAAACAGCCUGAAUCCAACCUCUGGAAAAUGUAA